CCCACACAGACACAUGUGGCUUGACAUGUAUCUUGAACACCCAUCGGUUUUGUUUAUUUAUGUAACAUGUAGCCGUUGCAAUAAAUAUAAAUACUAUAUUUUUAGCAACACGUCAUCAGGUUUUUCGCUCGUCGGGAGCAAAUCACAGCUCCGCUUUUAUGAUGUGGAGAAUACAACACACUCUGUAGUUUACACAGCAGACACAUGUUCCACCUCCAGCCUCACGCACCGUAAGUCAUGGUACCUGUUGUGUUGUUCUCGUCGUGUUGCUGCAGUCCAUGAGCUGGAGCCCACAGCGGACCAGAGUCCAGAAGAGGGACGCCUCAGCCCGGAGAACUGUCUGAUCCGGGUGACGUCUCGCGGUCGCGAGGCCCUGGUCACGGACUUCGGCCUGGCCCGGGAGGUGGUGGAGCCGCCGGUUAAAGACCCCGGCAGGAAGCUGUCACUGGUGGGCUCGGCCUUCUGGAUGGCGCCAGAGAUGCUGCGAGGGGAGCCGUACGACCGCAAGGUGUAUGUGUUCUCCUUCGGCAUCGUGCUCUGUGAGGUUCUGGCCCGGAUCUCUGCCGACCCAGAGAUGCUCCCCAGGACACAGGACUACGGGCUGGACGUGGAGGCCUUCAGGCAGCUGGUGGACGACUGUCCUCAGCGUCUCCUGGAGCUCGCCGCCAGCUGCUGCAUGGUGGAGUCCUUCCGGCGGCCGGCGUUCACUGAGCUGCUGGAUGAGUUGGAAGAAGUCUCAGAGAGUCUGGAGCCGCCGCCAUCCGACGCCACCGCGAGCUGAGUCGUCCGCCUCGGGGAAGAAAGAAGCCCCUUCCGUUCAUCCGCAGGCCGGCCGCCGAGGGUCCGGGAGGAUUUGGUCCCCGUCCGGGGGAGAAGGAAGCUGGACUUGGACCCCCGAGGCCCUCUUGAGGCAGUGCUCUCCUCUCCUGCAGCCACACACAACCUGAACUCGUCUGCACUGGAGGGGGGGGGGGGGGAGUCUCCUGUCUUCUUGUGAACUCUGUGAUGAUCCGUAGUUUGACUCCCAGGAGGGAAUGUACAGUGUUCCUGGUUUCUCUUCCGUCUGCUCUGUGUGUGAUGAUCUCAUCCGCCCACGUGUUUUAUGCCUCUCCUCUCUGCUCUCAAACAAACAAACAAACAAACAAACAAACAAAUGUACAUGGCUUCACAUAAGACACAUGACACACAUGAAGAGGUCUAAAGUCGCCGUGUACACUAAAAUCUAUAUCUGCUAAUACAUUAGUACUUCAUGUUUACUUUAUAUUUUUAUUUUGUUGUAUAAAUAUAUACAUUUUAUAUAUAUAUAUGUAUACAUAUUUAAUAAAAAUAUAUCUAAAACUUAAAAUAUAUAUAUAUAUGUAUAUAAUUUUUUAAAUUAUAUAUAUAUAUAUAUUUACACAAAUUAAAAUAUAUAUGUAUGCAACAUUUUUUAAAUAUACAGUAUAUAAACAUAUGUAUAUUUAUAUACGUUUGUAUGAAUGUAUAUAUGUGUGUAUCGGAGAUGAACAGAAAGCUCAAGUUAUUUAUUACAUAUGAUGAAGUUAUUAUUAUUCAGAGUCGUUGCAGUUACAUGUUGCUGCAACACAUCUGUUUGUCAGGAGCGAAGUCGGAGUCGUCCCAACGCAUUGUUUUGUUCUUACGUCUCAACAAUGAAAUCAUAGAAACAAGAGGUCGCCUUCAACACAUUAAUGUCUUCAACUCUUCUUCUGGUUGUGUCAUAUUGUUGUCAUUGUUCACACUGACUAUGUGUGUGUAAAUAUUUUACGCUUCUAUGUUUUAGCUCCCAACUCAUAAAUUACGUUUCUUGGGAUUUAAAGGUUCCACAUUCCUUUUAAGUUGACCAGUUAUUCACUAUUUGAUGCUUCUUGUUUCAGGCAGCUUGGUUUAUAUCUUAUUAAAUCAUUCCACAUUUUGAAUUCUCAAAAUUCAGAGAGACAGAGCUAUAAAUGAAUAUGAUAAAACAGUAAAUAGUAGAUUCCCCCCCCCCAAACAAACAAAACUGAAACACAGACGUCCCAGCAGGCAUUUACAUACAGAACAAAUACUCACCAAUGACAAUAAAAUACAACUAAUCUAGAGCGUAAUUUAAGGUAUUUAAUCUUCUCAGUGUAUAAAUAUGAAUCUGCAUUCAGACGUCGCUGUUUCACUUUUCACAUUCUACCAUUUUCAUUUAAUUUCCUGAAAUAAAAUCAAAGUUUCAGUCCCA